AAUAAGCUGGGCCCUGGGAAACGAGUUGUGAAGAAGGUCUAGUGGAAGUGCUUGAUGCUCAGAUCCUUGAGUUCUCUUACUCUUGCCUUGGCCCCUCUGUCAGCUUGGAUCUUUAGCCCUGGCAUAGGGCCUGCCUGCCAGUUUCUGUACUCCUUAGAUUAGAAACACUGGCGAGAAACCAACUCCCAGGAGGAGAAAAACAAGGAAAUUUACCAACCUACGUGCCAAGUGUGCUAUUCAGACAGGAACUAAUUUAUUCUGUGAGAUGGAAAGAGCAGCAUCAGCAUCCGAGCAAUGACCUAUGGGGUAGAGCCAUUGCUUAGCUCACAACGGAUCCCAGAAAUGCAAGUACUGGCCCUGGCACUAAUCCUAGUGCACCUGCCUUCUGCCUGUUUUCAGCCUGCAAAUUUUGUAGACUCUGUCAACUGCUCACAGGGUCUGCACUGCCAGCUAUUGGAAGAGAAUGUGCUGUGCAUUCCUGGAGAAGCCCUGCCAUUCCCAGGGCUAGAUCCAGUACUAGUGCUAACUCAGAUGAAGAUGAAGAACGAACUCCGGUGUCGGCAGCAACAAGACUGUGUCCCCUGCGUGAAGGUGAUGCUACACCUUGGCCUACUGGGGUCACCUGCAUUUGGUAGAAGACAAGAUGGGAGAGCUGAUAGGACCAGCAUGGAGUCCAGGAGACCUCAUGGCAACACUGAGGAAUUCCUGCGAGUGCGCAUACUGCUCUUGGCCCAGGCAUACCCUUCCUCCCAAUGUGCUGCAGUGGAAGUUUGGCAUCCUCGUGGAAGUGACUGGCACAACAGGAGCCUGGGCAUUCUCCAGUUUGACUGCUUUCCAGUUGCUAUCAGUGGUGAGCUGCAAGUCACGGCCUUCACCAGGCCCCGCUAUCGGUUUGCACAUCUGUUACAACGUACACAUAGUGGGCCAGACUGCACCUGGCACAAAGCAAAAGAUGCCAUUCGCCUCUGCCAAGUGCCUAGCCUGGAGGUCUCCGUGAUGCUAGAGAAGGCUGUGCUGCAUGUACUGAACAUCCCUGAAGGGCAAUAUUUUAACCUGUGGUUGUAUCUGAAUCAGACAAGUGGAUUUAAAGAUCUGGGUGAGGGCACCACCAAAUUGCUGACUGGACCUGAGAAUGUGAGCUUACCUAUCUCCCAGGUGGUUCCCUGUCUCUGCCUGCAGGUGUGGCCCAACAUUGAAAACCAAGAAGACACACCCCGAACCUACUUGUGCCCCUUUGCAAGCGACACUGAAGCUUUGGCCAGGGCCUGGGCACAGAGCCGCCUGAAACUGAAAGCCUUUGAUGGGGUGCUGAGCUGCGCUCUCUCUGCACCAUGUGACAUCCUGGGGGAGCUGGUUCCCUGCUGGAAAGGGGAAACGUUUGCUUCUUGCCACCCACUACACCCGCAGCUGCACCUGCCCCUCGCUCCACAUGAUGUACCACAGGAGUUCCCAAGACUGAGACCCCACCCCAACCUGUGUGUGCAGGUGAGGAGCAACGGAAGCUCCAUUCUCCAGAGCUGUCUGCAGGAAGAUAGCACAGGAAGCCACCAGCAAAGUGAGCAACAUUUGCUGCUUCGGGAGACGGUCUAUCCCCAAGGGAGCUCAUCUGUUCAUGUAUUGGAACAGGGUACCUGGAUCCCCAUUGCUCAGUCUAGAAAUGGGAUUCUGGAGGAAGCCCUGCAGAACGACUUGCAGUCAGGAGAAUGCAUGCAGGUGUGGCAUGCAGAGGAUGGUGAAGCCCCUAUGCUGUGGGCCUGUUCAGUGGAGAAGUAUGGCCGAAAUCACUGGGUACUGACCUGGUUGAUAGCUCUGCUGGGCAUCUCUUCCAUCCUGGUCGUGUUGCUGCUCAAGAAAGAAGCACUGAGAGGAGUGCUCCAGGGACGGCACAUUCUCAUUCUCUACUCUCCAGAUUAUGCUGGCUUCGAGCAUCUGGUGGGCACCCUGGCUGGUGCACUGGCCCAACUUCAUUUGGCUGUAUCCGUGGAACUGUGGAGCCGUGGGGAGCUAGGAUCCCUGGGGCCCAUGCAGUGGCUCCAUGCCCAGCGACGCAGAGUGCUGCAAGAAGGGGGCGCUGUUGUGUUGCUUUUUUCCCAUGGUGCUGCUGCGAGUUGUUCAGAAUGGCUGGGCUGGGAGCAGAAAGACAGUCUGCCCCCCAUCAAGCCUGACAGUACUUUUUUGGCCUCCCUUAACUGCAUCUUACCAGACUUCUUGGCUGGCAAGGCCAGGGACAGGUAUAUGGUUACCUGCUUUGAAGAGCUCUUUCCCAUUGAGGAGAUCCCCACGCUUUUCCGUUCUGUGCCUGUCUACCCUCUGCCAUCACAGCUUUUCAACUUCCUGCUAGCAAUGGCUGGCCCCAGUGUGGACCGAGAGCAGAGGAACAGCCUAAGGAGACAUGCGGUGUGGAUCACCAAGACACUGGAGCGUGCAGUGCAGGAGUGUCAGCAAAAGAAGCCAAGCUGGCAGUGUCCACCAUUGCUGCCUCCCCAACCUGACAACACACUGCUGACGGAGACCAGUAGUCACCCUUUCAAAGAGUCCUGCUGAGAGAGCGAUGUCCAGAAGUGGGCUUUAUUUUGGGCCUGUGGCUCCAGAAAGUUUGUCUGAGUGCAUGGACAUGAAGAAUUCUUGCUGGCAUAUUGGACAAGCAGCCCAGAUGAUUCAGCACUGGCCAGUCUGUUCCUAUAAUUCGGCCAAGUAGCUGUGGUAUCAUAAGAUGGCUGUAUCUUGUGUAUGAACUUAUUUGAGCAUGGCUGUACAAGUGAAGUGGAUAGGGGUGUGUGUGUAUGUGCUGGCUUGUUUGGAAGGAUCCUGACAUCUUAUUCCCAAAUGGUCAUUCCCCAAUAUUUAGUGUGCUCAAGAGCAUGGAGAGAUCCCAUCUACAUGGACAGAAAUCAGUAUAUUUUUAAGUCCCAGAUGCUAAGGGUGCCUGUUGCUUUCAUGCCCUGGUUGGGAACCCCUAGAGGAGGGAUGGGGGAGAUGUUGCUGGACUCCAACUGCCAUCAUCCCUGACCAUUGGCCACGUUGGCUGGGGCUGAUGGGAGCUGAAGUUCAACAGCAUCUGCCCACAUCUUACUCACUCCUGUUUGGAGCCAUCUGGUUGGCUGAUUUUUGGAAACAGAAUCUUGGGGCCCUGACUAAAUCCAGCAGGGCCAUUCUUAGGUUCUUAAUUGGUAAUCUGACUUCAGAUGUUCAGUGGUGAGACGGCUGUUGAGCUGUACUCAACGUGAUGAGAAGGUUGGGGGGGGGAGAAACAAAGUGGAAGGGGAUUUUUAGGGAACAGCAGCUAGAAACGCCCUAAACAUUUCCCUAAUCCCUACCAAAAUGUGUUUUAUCUGAGCCAAGAAAUUAAAUGCAAACACAUUAAGGCAAGACUUCCAACUAUUGGUUAACAGUGUUGGGUAUUCAAUCAAGCAAUAUUCUUCCCUUUAAAAAAAUUGUCUAAUUCCCUAGGGUAGCUUUCCCCAACCUGGUACUCUCCAGAAGUUUUAGACAGCUCCCAUCAUCCCUGACUGCUGGCCAAGCUGGCUGAGUGUCAGCAGUGGCGUCACUAGGGUUGGUGUCACCCGGUGCGGUAACUCAUGGUGUCACCCCCAUGGACCUCCUCCCGUACCAGACCAUACAGAAUCCUUAGUAAUGUUUUUUGUACUAAUGUUACUUGUAAAUUGUAAUUCCCGUAUAUCACUGAAUGUAAUAGCACACACACACACAGAGCCAGCUGUGGGAUCGUCACAUAUACAACCUAGAACAUUUUUUCCCUUUCACAAGGACAUGCAAAAGAUUGAACCCAGGACCUUCUGCAUGCAAAGCACAUGCUCAGUCUACCACUGAACAUAAGAACAUAAGAACAUAAGAAGAGCCUGCUGGAUCAGGCCAGUGGCCCAUCUAGUCCAGCAUCCUGUUCUCACAGCGGCCAACCAGGUGCCUGGGGGA